AUGAACAUCAUACAGGUGUCGUCUGCUGGAGCAGGUAUACAAAUCACAGACGGGAAGAUGCUGGAACUGGAGAGUUUUGGGGAAAACACGGCCCGACUUGAGAAACAGGCAACAAAUGCUUCACUUAAGUGUACACAAGUCAAACGAGAGGAGAUUUUUGACGAAAUAUCUUUUAAGAAGAGAGGAGAACGAGUCACCAUUAACGUUUCUGGCACCAGAUAUGUUACGACAUGGCGUACGCUGGCCAAAGUUCCUAAUUCACGCUUGGGUAAACUGACAGUGGACGACAUAGAUUCUGGAGAAAAUGACAUCUUCUUUGAGAGAAACCCGACCCUUUUCCCGUACAUUCUUAGUUUCUAUUCCACCGGCGAGCUUUCUUUUCCGCACAAUAUCUGCGGCGCGGCCAUGUUGAAAGAGUUAGAAUUCUGGCAGAUAUCAAGAUGUGCGUUGGCCCCGUGUUGUAAAGAAAUACUCCUGAAACAAGAGGCCAAGCAGCAGGAAAAUGAGACACUAGCCAAAGCCUUUGGCCUGCUAGAGUCACAAGAAAACAUCCGGUAUCAGACAGCUUGUGGCCGUUGGAGAGCAAAACUUCGAAUUUUCUUAGAUGACCCGACGUCGUCUAAAGGGGCGAGGAUUUGGCUGGUCCUUUACUUAAUGUGCACAGUACUCAUUUUCACCGUAGACGCCUUUGCUACAGUGAAGUCGCUGCGCAUUCCCACAUUUAACCCAUCCAUUUUUACCAGCGCCGCCAAUCUUAGCAACAAGGAAACCAUGUACCUUGCCACUUCGGAGCACAUUUUGCCCAUUGCUUUACGUUAUGCUACUUAUGUUUACUUCACUUUGGACAUAUUAUUGAGAGUCAUUUCUGCACAGAGCGCCAGACACUACUUUAAAUCUCUCCUGAACAUAGUCGAUGUUGUCUGGGUUGUGGUCAAUUGGUCCCUAAUCGCUGUGAGCAAUUUGUUAGGAGUAAAGUGGUUCUAUAUGUCGGCGUCAGAAGUACGGGUUUUCACUGGGCUGGUGAUGGUUGUCAUGCUGUUACGUAUAUUUCGGAUCUACCGCUUUGGUCAACAUUAUAUCCCACUGAGAGUUCUGCUGUUGACAAUGAAAGGCAGCAGCACGGAAGUGGGGCUUCUCUUUCUUUUGCUGUGCACUGGAGCCAUGGUGUUCGGGCCUCUCAUCUACGUAGCGGAGCUUGGCAACGACAACUCGUUCAUGUACAACAUCCUGAUUGGCUACUGGUGGGCCGUGGUUACCAUGACGACGGUCGGAUAUGGCGACAUCUAUCCUGUGGAUGUGCCAGGUUAUUUUGUGGGAAUUCUCUGCGUCAUCGCCGGGUUGGGGUUUAUCAGUCUCCCCAUGUCAGUGAUAAGCACUAAUUUUAGCAAAUAUCGUGAAUUUGCACGCACAUUCGGAGCUCGGAAGAGAAGCGCGCCCUUUAAUCCAGUCAAGGGCGAUCAAAUGGCAGAAAAUGAUGAAAAGCAAAACAUUUAA